AUGAGGCGGGUGUGGCACCCGGCGCUGUGGACGGCGCUCCUGCUGCUCCUGGCCCAGCUGCGGCCCGGGAGCGGCCGCGGGCCCCCGGCCCGGCCCCCGCGGGGGCCGGCGGCCCGGCCGGCCGGCGGGGCCCGGGGCCUCCGCCUCCUCCUGCUGCUCCUCCCGCUCCGGCUGGCCGAGCGGCCCGCGGCCCCGGAGGCCUUCCUGGAGGCCGGCGGCCAGCCGGGCCUGGGGCCGGAGCGGCCGAAGCGGGGCGAGCCGCCGCUGUCCAUCGACCUGACCUUCCACCUGCUGCGGACCUUGUUGGAGCUGGCGCGGACCCAGAGCCAGCGGGAGCGAGCCGAGCAGAACCGCCUCAUCUUCGACACCGUGGGAAAGUGAGGGGCCGGACCCCCGGACCCCCGGACCCCGAGGACCGGACCCCGAGGACCCUUUCGACUUUCGAAUUAAAGCGACGAUGGAGAGGCCGCGGCUCCCGCGUCGCUGCGGGAGACAGAGACUAGCGCUGGGCGCACGCUGGCCGCGGAAUCGCGACAAUAAUAACGAUAAUAACGAUG